GUAAGAGCAUGGAGCUGACCGCCAUCGGGGAGCGAGUAUUUGCCGCCGAGGAGAUCCUAAAGCGCCGCGUCCGAAAGGGUCAGAUUGAAUAUCUGGUGAAAUGGAGAGGAUGGGCACUAAAACACAGCACCUGGGAACCAGAGGAAAACAUCCUGGACGAUCGGCUCAUUGUAGCAUUUGAGCGAAAGGAGCGAGACAAGGAGCUUCAUGGCCCAAAAAAGCGGGGACCUAAACCAAAAAACUUUAUGCUCAAGGCACGAUCAAGUGUGACAUCGACCCGUGUUUCCAGUUCCCAUCAAGCUUCUCCGUCCCCUUCCUCAUCAAGAGUCCGUCCAAACUCUUCGUCGUCGUCUCAGGCGCCAACGCCCAGGUUGCACUCAUUAGCCAAUGCACACAAACUGAAGAAGGACAUCCAUCGGUGCCACCGUAUGUCCCGCCGGCCUCUGCCACGACCCGACCCGGACGGCUCGUCGUUUGUCUCCCGCCUGCCGAUGUCACCAUUCUCCGAGACCGUGCGCAUUUUAAACCGCAGGGUAAAGCCACGAGAGGUCAAGCGGGGUCGCAUCAUUCUCAACCUCAAGGUCAUUGACAAAUGCACCAAUGGGGCAACCAAAGGACAAGGACGGGCACAGAUUCCGUCUCGGAAUCGCAUUAUCGGGAAGAGGCAAGCAGACAUGCCCUACAGGCCGUUCCAGCCGCCUAUGAAGAUGCUGGGAUUUCCCAUGUACGGGCAGCCAUUUGGGCUUCAACCGUGCUUACCAGUUUCAAACCAAGCUGGCUCCAGAGUUGGCAAAGCUGGGGGGCGUUCAUCAGCAAAUUCGUCCAGGGUUCAGACCCAGUCGAAUCCUUCGAUGGCCAAUAAGAGAUUGGCCACUGAAAUCCAGCCUUCCUCUCUGACAUCACCACCAGAGGACAAACCCAAAAAGAGGGGCAGAAAGAGAAAAUUGCCUCACGAUCAGCCUGCAUCUAAAACGAGAGCAGCAAAACAUGGUGACCCUGACUGGCACCCAGAGCGAGCUUCCAGCUGUUCUAAUGUCGUCGUCACAGAUGUCGCCACGAACCACCUUACUGUCACAAUUAAGGAGUUCUGCCAGUCUGGAGCGGCGUCCGAACCCCCAUCACCACAUCCUGCCGACAACACAAAAUCUUCCACCACCUAGUAAACAGUAUCCCACUUACGACUGACACAAGAACUCGCUAUAAGAAUAUUCAACUUCCAAAAUUUACAUAUUUUUAAGCGAAUUAAAGUAUCUAUACAGAUUUUUUUUAUUACACAUUCUACCCCAUUUUUGUCCCAGUUUUGUUCUUACCCACUAGUCUCUCAGCUCCAACAUGAUGGUUACCAAUCUGGAUAAGUAAGGGCUAGCACAUGGUCCCUGCAAAACGUGUGAUGCCGCAGCAUCUUUUCAAACCGCAUUUCAUGCAGCAUCAAUAAGCGAAUUAAGGUGCUUGGCAAAGGGCAAUAAAUGCACCCUUUCAUACACACAAGCUUACGAUUGGGUUGCUCUCUGAAGUCUUGUUACAGUGUCACCAUGGUUUAAACCCACUUUUAAUGAUGAUCAAAGGAACUGUUUAUUGUGUGCACCACUCAGAAGCCUUGUCUUUUUAAUUCUUGGUGUUUAGAGUUGGUCCAGCCUCCGUAACCUUAACAUUUCUAUUUGUACAAAUCAAGUCUUACAGAAGUGCAAUCAUAUGACAUUGGUUGCACUGGUUUACAGUGAGGCUAUGUACAAUACGCAGGGACAUUUUUAGCAUCUGUCAAAAAGGCCACUUUACUUUCCAUAAAGUAUAUUAUUCAGGCUAAUAUUUCUUGAUGCAUUUUCACUUGUGAUUCUGUACGUGAUGGAAGCCUUUCACUGUGUUAAUGAGCAUCAGUGAGU